AUUUAUUUGUUGAAACGACGACAAACGUCAAAACUUUUUACAAGUUUCUAAUCAGUAAAUCUGUCGCGUUAAUUCUCCAUUUAGUUCAAUUCACAAUUAAUUCUAAUUCACCGGAGUCGUAUUAUAGCUUGAAAAUGGUCGUCGAAGAUGUAGAAAUGACGAACGCGUACGACGCGAACGAUUCCGGCGACGUUGAAAUGUCCUCAGCCGACUCAAAAACCAAACGUAAGUCGAAAAAAUCUGAUAACUCGGUUGUCGAACCAUUAUGCACGAUACGAAUACUAAGAAUAGUCAAAGACGUACAACAGCAGCACGGUCUUCGACACAGCGACUACCAGCGAUACAGAGGAUACUGUUCCAGGCGUAUCAGACGUUUACGUAAAGCACUCAGUUUACCUCCCAGCGACCGUCAUAAUUUCAAGAAGAAAACUUUCAUCGACGAGGGACACCUGAACGAUAAAACCAUUACGAUACCUUUGAUGUUAGCCGAACGUGCUUGGAGUUACGCUAUGCAACUUCGACUCGAAGCGAACACCGAACCGAGGAAAAAAUUCCAUCUAAUUUCACGUCUACGUAAAGCCACCACGUACGCUCUACAGCUGCAGCAGCUUUGUGAUUCGCCUAAAUUCGACAGCAGAACCAAGCUGGAAGCUGAAGGGUACGUGGCGUGGAUUCACGGUACGUUGCACUUCGAACUACAGCUGUGGAAAUCGGCCAUCGAGUACUUUAAAAAAGCUCAAUUAAUAUACGAAAAAUUAGCGUCAGCUUUGAACGAAGAAGACGCCACGUUGUAUAGACAGAAAAGCGAAGAAAUCACACCUAGUUUACGUUAUUGCGCUUACAAUCUCGGUGAAGCGACCGCCGCCGAGUUACUCCAAUUACGUAGUCAAGCUCACGGCGAAUUGCUAAAGAAUUUAGAUAUCCUGGUCGAUCAAACGGUCAAAUACAACACUGACGCGAUGAACGAGGUCAAAUGGCGUAAUCGUUCAUUCCCAGUGAAAUCGGAAAAAGUUAGAGCUUUCUUGAUGGCCGAUCGAGAUCUCGAGAAAUCGUUCGUCAACGCUUCCAUCGUCGAUAACCUGAAUCUAAUCGAACAACACUUGAUGGACUGCAAAGACGCCAUUACCGUAGUCAAAGACGAAUGCAAAGCCGAUCCCGGAGUGAAAUCCGCCGACGGACUUUCAUCCACGCAGCUCCUCUUACACUAUCUAUCUUACAUCAGGCUGAACCGCACCAUCAAACGAAACCAUUUACUAAUCGAAGUAGCUCGAAAAGACGCCGAAUCUAGUUGGACCGCCGAAGAAUCCAAGAAACUCGAAAACAGCUCGAUUCAACGUACAAAAUACCAAGACCGUACCCGUCUCUACGAAAUAAUCAUACAGAACCUGAUGGAAAUGGAACAACUACCGAUUUGCGAAUACGAUACCGAUUUCGCCUUCGAAAUACAAUCGAAAAUCAAAGCAUAUCAGGCGCUCCGCUGUUACUCCAUAGGAGAAAACCUAUCCACCGUUGGCCGAUGGGGUGACACGGUUAAACUCUACGAAAGAUCCGUUCAACUCGCCACCACAGCUCUGAAAUGCAACUCCAUCGAAACUGCCGUCGCCGAUGAACUUAAUCGUUUGAUCGAAGCCGUCGAAUCGAACCGAAUGAUCGUCCAAGCUAAAAGUAUGUUCGCACCGGAAUCCAGCGAGAAAAAAGAUCCCAAGAAACCGCCCCUGAUCGAUAGACUAGACGAGUACUUCGAAGAUCCAAGCCUGGUCACCAAGCAACCUAAUCUCGUAACCGUUCCACCCUCCAUGAUUCCGACUCCCUGUAAACCGCUGUUUUUCGACUUGGCUCUCGAUAUGGUCAAAUUCCCAUCGCUUAACGAAAAGAUCUCCGGUAGAAAAGGCAACGCUGCUAAUCCAGCCGGUAUUAAAGGAUUUGUCAAAGGAUUAUGGGGAUGGAAUAAUCCAAAGUGAGCCAAUACGGCGGCGCUUUUCUACCGCUGUUUUAUUACGUAUUUAUUAUUUUUUUUUACAUAGGUAAUUUGUACGCGGAGUUUUUCUACAUAAGGGUUUUUCUCUCUCUUUUAACGAACGUUUGUAAAUAUUGUUAUUUUUUGCAAAAAUAUACACGUUUGUAAAGCGUUUCAUUCGUUUA